GUUUGACAUACAGACAGAUACCAGACGAACGAGAGGGAUGGACGGCGCAGCGUUGGCUCUCGUGGACGCCGAGUUCCGCGCGGCCCUCGAGAUUGCCUUCUCGGGUGGUGCCCUGCGCAAUCGAGUUGCACAUACGUCCAGCUCGGCAUCGCCAGCACCGUUGGCUGGGCUUGGACCGCAGCAGGCGGCUGGAUCGUCUGCAAUGGAGCUCGAGCGCGCCCUCGGCUACCUCGCCCAGUUCCAAGCCAACGACGCUGCGUGGUCGUCCUGCGUGUCACUGCUACAGGCGUAUGCACCUCACUUUCUGCAGAUUCUCGCAGCGGUGGUCGACAGCGCAUCAUCCGCGUCGUCAGCCUCCGCCGCUCAGCCAAGCUCAGUGUCGGCUGCGCUUGCGCGGCUGCGCUCGAUCAACAUGGGUGUUGAGGCUUACAUGUGCGUAACUGCUGCUCAAAUGUUGAAGAACAAGGUACGGCUGCAAGCUGCUGGAAUUGCCCCAGACGCCCUCAACAUGAUCACGCAAAACUUGGCACAAUUGGUCGGGCUCUAUCGAAAUGGCCCAUCCACGGUUCGCACUCAGCUAUUGGUUGCGUUGGCCGACUGUGCCAUUGCGAGCGGUAACGUCACUGCCGUGCUAGAGUCGCUGCUGCGAGACUUUGGCUCGGACAUGCUUCAGGAUUCGUUCCUGCAGACGAUCGAAACCGCGGGCUUUCUAGUCGACCCCGUUUACAUUGCACAGCAACGUCUGGGCUCGUUGGAUGAGUCUGUUUCCACUGCACUCCUCGAUCAGCUCCUCUCUGCGCCGUGCAUGGUCGAUUUGCUCAUCAAGAUUGCUGAAGAGGCGUCACCCAUGAACACGGCGCUUCCCGAUCACGUGCGAUCUGCGGCCACCGAAGCCCUUACAGUGGCCUUCCCAGAGGUGAUGGUGCUGCUGGGGAAGACUGCAUCGCUGGGCACGCUCGCGUUGGCCAUCUCUGCCGCGGUUGCGUCGCAGCCAGCGGAGAGCAUCAUGCCCACGCCUUUGGCAGCCACCCUGGGCUCGAUUGUUCGCUCGCUGUCUGUUGGCGGAGAGUUGGCCACCGCAACACUUACUUGCUUGCGCUUGUGGCUGCAGCUGUGCAAGCUGCCUUCCCCGUACACGCUGGACCAAUCCCUCUUCACCGCGUUUCCCGCAUUUGCCUUCCCGUUUGCCAUCCUGCAGCAGCAUCCAGAGCUUCUCGAUCCCGCCAGCGAUACCAUCAAAGCCCUCUGCUCGGCUACGAGCCAUGUGGCUCGAUACCGUCCGUGGGUCGCUGAGCUGCUUCCGCGCAUCCUCCGCCUCGUCGACCUUUACCGCGAAUCCGUGGCUGAAGACGAUGGAGACAUGAGCAAUGCGGUGAUUCGCAUUCUCGCCGGUGCUGCGGAUAGCUACAUUGACAUGCUUAGCUCUAUUGCCACGUACACUGGCAGCGUCGCCAAUCAACCAGACUCUAGCGUCGUUGCUGUGGAUGAAAUUGGCGAUGUGCUGGAGGAAUGGCAGUUUGCGUCGGCAACCGCGUUGGUCGAUGCCGUCCUCGAGUGCAGCUUUCAUCCAGACUCGGAAGCCGCCAGUUUGACCUUUGCCUUUUGGCAUCAGCUCGCCGAUGCAGUUUCCAGCCGCGCAGACCGCCUGUUGCUUCCCCGCCUUGGCUUUCUCCUCACGUCGUUGGUCUCACACAUGGCGUCAGCCGAUCCUUUGGUCGAGGAAGACGACUCGGUCGACCCAGCCUCUGCAAUGGAAAAGCGAGCAGUCGGCACAGCGCGAGAGCUCCUCGACCCGUCAUCCUCGUUCCGGGAGUUUCGAAUUGACGCGCAAGAUCUCAUGUCCUUUGUCACGCGCUCUGUGGUCGACGCAGACACCUGCUGCUUGCAUUUGAUGCAUUUGCUCGCCCAACAUGUCGACGCCACUUUCCUGCUUGACGAUGCGAGCCGCGCCAGCCACUCUGGCCAGAACGAGCCGGCACAGCUGGUGCCCUCCAUUACCUCAUCCAGUGCCUUCUCGGUGCAGUUGCUGCUUGCGGCGACCUCUACGCCAGUCCCGUAUUCCUCACCGUUUGCCACCAGCGAUGCCGGUCGCCCAAUUUUGCUUGCUGGUUGCUCUUGGGUGGAGGCUGCCUUGUACGGCCUUGCAGGCCUGGCACCGCACCUCUCCUUCAAGCGCAAUCCCGUGCCGUUGGACUCGCUCGUGCAAUCCUGCGUUGCUUUAUUGAACAACGUCCAGUCCGUCGGGGCUGCUGGCGUCGACGUGGCCCUGUACACGACCAUCUUGCGCUUGUUUGCUGCGCUGAAAACGUGGAUUGCGCGUAAUCUACCGGACGAAUUGCUUGCUGGACUCAUGCAAACACUCAUCCGCUUUGUGCUGCAGCGCGAGAACAGCGUCGUCACGUCGCUGGCUGCCAACUGCAUCGCCAAGAUUAGCAUUGGCUGCUCUGAGCAAAAGCGCAGCUUGCUAUCGUUUGUCGAAGUCCUCAUGCAGGUCAUUGACUCGACCGAAAUCACCAUGGCCAUGGAUCCUCGAAGCGUGGUGCAACUGGUCAAGGCCGUCAUUUCGGUCGCUGCGGCUGGACAAGGAAGUGCCGCUGGCAACAACGAGCUGUGCUCGCAGUUGUUUGCAAGUAUUUCCAGUGCCAUCAUUGGGCAGAUUGCGCAGCAUCCAAUCCUCACGGGAGAUGUGCGCAGCACCCGUCUCAUUGGGCGGCGAACACAGCGACAGCAACAGCAACGCCAUCAACAGGCACACAACCGGAUCCCAAACAACAGUGUCGUCGUCCUUGAUGAUGAUGAUGACGAUGACGAGAAUGGUAGUCUUUCCCAUGUGCAAGAAGCGACAACGAAGGGUGCCGGUAUCGACGACCAGCAGGCGCCGUCCCACGAGGACAUGGCAGUGUUGCUGAGUCGCCUCAAAGCCGUGUUUAAAGAAAGUGCGCCAGUGUCCUCCACUCUUCUCAGCAGCGCAAGUCAUCCGUGCAUUCCUGUGCUGACCGAAAGCUGGCCGCUCUUGUUGCAAAUCAUUCACGUGGCGCUACCUUCGCUGAGCGAGAAUCGCCGCGUGGUGACGGCGGCGUUUGGGACGCAGCUCGUGUCGUCGUCCUUGCUGUCGAUUACGGCCGCUGAGAAGCUUGUCACAAAGGCGUGCCGGUGCUUGAUUGCUGCGCUCAAGGCGCUCCAGGCGCGUCGCUUGCUGUUUGUCAGUGUGAUUGCGCGCAAGCUGGCGGAAGUGCUUGCCAACCCACUGCAGGCCAGUCUGCUUGAGGCGCAGCAGCAAUUUGGUGACGCGCUCAAUCCAAUUGCUGCGCAAAUGCUCGCGAGCCAUCUGUGGUGUCCGAUGGACUGCGUGCUUGACCUUGUCAUGGAGCUUGUGGCGACGGUGCCGUCGUUCACAGAUGCGCUGGUCGAUCCGGGGAUGAUGAGCGAGGGUCCGACCGAGUUGCUGGACGCUCUCGCGAGUCUUGUCGACCGCGUCGUCCACAUUGUUGCGUCGAUUCCUCGAGUCGGCGAUGCGGCCAUGCUGUCGGACGCGCAGGCUGUCAUCAAAACGCUGCGUCUCGUCACGCGGUGCAUUCUCGACUCUCGGCUUUGUGUGUACGUGCUUUGCAGCGGCGUCGUGGAAGGGGUGGCACAGUUCAAUGCCCUCCUUGCAGCCAUUCGGCUGGGCUUUGCGGCUCUGGCUGUCGACGACCGUCAGCUCACCCUGGAAGUCUUGCAAUUUGUGGGUCCAUUGUUGGAUCUCGUCCAGAUUGCGGUGGAUUCGCAAUAUGGCACGCAAUCGUCCAUGCUCAAGCAGAGCAGCAGCUCCCUGAUUUCGCCAAGCGUCAUGAUCGCCGUGGCCAACCAGAUGGCCUCCUUGAUGGCUGCUGCUGGCAAUGUGUGCCAGGUCGUCGUGAGCCCUACCAUUGCCAACUCUGUCGCAAGCGACUCCUCCCAGCUGAGCACCCUCGGGCUUCUCGUCACGACGUUGCUGCACGGGCUCAUUCAAGCCAGCCGGUGGCGCGUUGAACACACGGGCCUUGUCACAGAGGCACUGUUCAAGUGUGCGCGUUUGGACAAGGCGCUGGUGCUGCAGCUCGCGCAAGCACACGUCGCGACCAUGCUGGAACAACAGCAACAAGAGCAGUCCCAGCAUGCUGGAUCGCUGGGUGGCGCGAGUCAAGUUGCGGCGAUAACGGAUGCAGCUAUUGCAACGUUGACGAGCGCUGAGGAUGAAGACGAAUGGGAUACAGAACUCCGCAAGCUGGCCAGUCUGAGGCACGCAAGGUUUUAACGAGGUGCUGGGAACUCGUGUUUUACUUGAGAA